GCUUUUGAGAAUAAAAUCUUGGCUGACCAGAAAUACAACCUUUAUCUCAAACUGUAUGGGAAAGAUGUGACAUUAAUUAAGGGAGACAUUACUAAGCAAGAUGUGGAGUGCGUCAUAAAUCUAACUAACUGCUCAUUAAAUAGAAAUUUUGGCGUCUCUGCAGCAAUAUUAUCAGCAGCUGGAAGCAGUGUGAAGGACGAAUGUAAAACAUUGGCUCCCAUAACCACAGACAAGAUGGUGCUGACAAGUGGCGGGAACCUGAAAUGCAAGAAAAUCCUGCAUCUGAUUGGUCCAACAAGCUCAGAAGACAUGGUACCGGCACUGGAAAGAAUAUUAGAAGAAUGUGUAAAUCACUCCAUCAAAACUGUAGCACUGCCGGCCAUUGGAACAGGAAUGGCUUUCAUGAACCCCAGUGACUCAAUUACUAGAAUAAUAGAAGGCCUUAUACAACAUUUCGAGAAGAAUACACAUACGAGUCUCACCAAGAUCUGCAUCAUUGCUUUUACAAACAAGGUUUACCAAGCUUAUUCCCAGGCAUUUAAGACCAUAAGUUUUCAGAUACAGGAAUCAGAGCCUUAUUCAGGAGACAACUUUGACGCAUAUCUUCGCAACCCGCCAACAUGGACUGACAUGGACACUGAUGAAUAUAAGACCAUUGAGCUUUCAAAUAAAUCUAUAGAAUACAGGGAUAUUGAAAAGAAAUUCUAUGAAUCAGCCAAACCCUAUACUUGUAAAUUGAUUAAGAUCGAAAGAGUGCAGAAUGUUAAACUGUGGCAAAGUUAUCGUAUUCGAAAACUAUUUGCUGACAGACUUUCUCCGUAUCAGGAAAAUGAAAAACUACUCUUUCAUGGCACUAAUAUUGAAACAGCCCAGAAAAUCAUAAAAUAUGGAUUUAACAGGACUUAUUGUGGCAAAAAUGCAACGCUUUAUGGAUGUGGAACAUACUUUGCCCUAAAUGCAUGGUAUUCUUGUACUGACACAUACUCUGUUCCUGAUAAAGAUGGGCACAAACAUAUCAUUGUGGCUGAUGUGAUCACUGGCAAGUGGAGAAAAGGGGAAAGUCGCUAUAAAGAUGCCCCGCCGACUGGGGAAGACCCGGAAACUCGCUGUGACUCUGUAGUGGAUGAUGUUGACAAUCCCACAAUGUUUGUGAUCUUCUGUGAUGAUGGCGCCUACCCCAAAUACUCUAUCACUAUUAAACGCUGAGAUUACAUACAAGUUUUUCAAUGCCCCACUUCACUGGUAACUUGCAUUUUACAUUUUAUUAUAAAGGGGAACCUGUUACCCUAAGAAAUAAUUCCAAAUUUGUUUCUAUCAUGUUAGUUGUUCCCUUCUGUCUUACACAAUCACAGCCAGCUGGCAGCUGCCAUUUUGUGUACAUUGUUAGUAAGGCAAGUUUGCAUCACCCCAAUAUCUUGCUUUUUAGAUAAAAUGGGGGACCUGAUACCCAUGCACUGGCUACACUGGCUGGAAUAUAUAAGAAGUGCAAAUAUAUGCACCUAGGCAAAUAUAUGAUUGACAGCUGGGAUUUUUAAAUGCCUUUA